GUGUAAACAUGCUCCUCGAUGGCAAAAUGUUACCUCUUACCAAUCUCCUGUCCAUUUUCAUCAUCUUUAUUCAGAUUAUGGACCAAUAUGCUGCAUCAAUAAAAGAAGAUAUAGAACUGUUUCUUUUAAAUCAUGUGCCAUCGAAGACAUUAAUCCGUGCCAAUAACACCGAGGUACUGGGUUCCUUGAAGAUAGAGGCAGAGGACCUAUCAGAGGAAGAGACAGACAGGUUAAUUUAUUACUUAGUGGGAACAUUCCCACAAUUGAGAGAUUUGGGGGCGUACGACAUCUCGGAAUUGGUCCAUGACACUGUUAAAUUUGUGAUAAAAAGAAGCAAAGAAAGAGGAAAUAUGUCUAUUGAUGAGAAAUCUUCACUGGAUGAUGUUUAUAAUUGGCUGAUUGGGAAUGGUAUCAGCAUUGAGACAAGUUCCAUAUUCAAAGAUAAUGAAGUGGAUGGAUUCAGUUUAAUAAAUAUGAAGGAGAGUGACAUUUUUUUGAUGAUACCUGGAAAAGUUGGACCAGCAAGGAAAAUUUGCACCCUUAUUGAAAAAAUUAGAAGAAAUGAAGAAAAAAGUGAACAAAAUAUUGAGGGAUAUCGCAUUAUAGAAUAUAAGGAGGACUCAGCAGGGUGCAAGACCAUAGAAAUUGAACCUACAACGACACAGUCUGCAAAUGAUGAUCCAACACCUCAGCCAAUAGGAGGCUUACAAAUCUAUGAGGUACCAGUGGCAACAUUACCUGAGAUUGCAAGUGGUGGCCUAGAUCUUGAACAUGUUGAAGUAGAAGGCACCUCAUUUGAAAGCUCAGCUGAAAGCCGUAAACCGUCAAAACCAACAUCCACUGAGUCUUUAGAACAGUAUAUACCAUCAUACUCUCCCGUUGUUAGAUCAUUACUGGAAAAGGGUGAAAUCUACAAAGAAUGGGAUAAAAUGAUCGAAGAGACAGCCUAUCAUGUUUUAAGUGUUGGUAACUUUGAAACAAAGGGAAUAUAUACCGACUUUGGAAGAUUAAUGUAUUCCAAGUUUCCCUGUAUUGGACACUCUGCCACAAAAGAUCCUUGGGGAUACUUCAACAAAAAGUUGUCACAAAAAGUAAGACACAUAAGGUGGAGAUGGAAUGCAAGAGGAAAGGCUGUUGAACACACAGCAGAGAAAAAGCCAAAAGUGUGCUUGAAAAAAGUCUCCUCAACAGAUGAGAGAAUGACCCUAGAAGAAGCAGAAAAUGUACUGAUGGAGGAAUUUAAAAAACCAACCAAACUAAGAGACAAUGCACUUAUUGCUAAGACUCAAAGAGAUACAUUAAAACAGAGAAGAUUGUUUAUAGAAAAAAGACAUGGGGGAUCUGUGGAACAUCUCAUCAAGAAGUUUCCAUUUCUAGGAAAAGCUGCGUUUAUUGAGAAGGAGUUUUUCCUUAUCAAACAAAACCUGAAAAAAGAUGCUAUUUUGGCUCACUGGGAUGAAGUAAUGAGAAAAGUGUCCCAAAUAUUCAUGGAGGAAAACUCAGACUCUAUUCCAGAAGUUACAAUAAAGCUUUUGAACAGAUUGGAGGAAUCAAUCAAGUACAAGCAUGGUACCAAACAGCUUCCCUUGAUUACAUCGUGCAAGGCAAGUGAGUGGAAAGGUUCAAAAACAAAGCAUGACGACCCACCAAGAUUAGUUGCAGUUCUCAACCAAAGGAACGAGAUUCAAAAUAUGUAUAUUGUGGGAGCAGGCCAGGAGGUUGACACAAAUGUGGGAAUACUCAGGGAUGGACUAUUACGAUUGAUUUACUCCUACUAUGCAUGGGAUUUGUCAUAUCCAAAACAUUUUCAACUUCUGGGCUUUUUGCAACAUUACAUAUUAGAAGACAGGGAGAAUAAAUUUUUUGUUUCCCAAAACUACAUGAAAUUCUGCAAGCGUCUUGACGCUACACAGUGAAUCAUGCUACUGUAGAAUCUCAUUAUUUCUAGUUCAAAUUUCUACAUUUUGUACUAUUUGUUGACAAAACCUGACUUUGUUGUAAGCAAGAAAACACCAUUGGUUUGUUGUUAUAAAUUGGUUUCAAUCUACAUUUCAAUGGAUUUGUUUCAUUUGAAUGAAAUAUUAGUAAACAUAGGUGUGUUUAAUUAUGUUUGCUUUAGACAUACUUUGUAGUCAAUUAUGAAUAUGUUUUUGUCAUUUCUUUUUGCAUGUUCUACAAAAAUGUUAACUGGUGUGAAACAUUCCUGUUUACUAGUAUAUCAGAUCUAAAAAGAUACCAAGAUAUAACCUUUUGAGGAUAAGGUUCAAUGUUAUGUUACUUAUGUCAAAUGUAUUGACUCCUAUUAAUUGUACUUCAUGACAUUGAUACUUUUUUUUUUCUUUUUGGUACUUUUUAAUGCAACUAAUUGUAAUUAUUGUAUUCACGUUAUGGUAGAUUGCCUCUAUAAAAAGGUAAUUAUAUACUGUUCUUCAAUUGUUCUGUUUAAUGAGAUCAAUACAUGUAGUUUUUAUGUAUAUUUUGUGAAUAUUAGGUUCAUUACACUUGACUUAAACAUGUCUUUGGUUGAGAAAGGAUAAUCUUAGAAAUUUUAGAAGUCAAGAACUCGAUAUGUUGUCAAAAAGUGAAAGUUUGAAAAUAAUUUUUCGUUUCAAUUUUUGAAUUGUUUAGAAUUUGGAUUCCUCAUUUAAGUAUAAUUUCUUUUCAAAGACAUAAUAUACAUAUUCAAGUACUUCUUUAGUAUUAGAAUAACAUAUGUUUUUGAGUGAUGCAUGGAUUUGAUAUCAAUAGAUUAGUUUGAUUAAUAAAUUAGAUUAAUGAA